AUGGGAUUUUUGAGUGGUGUUCUCAGUAACAUCAAAGAGCAUUUAGGGCAGCAUAAAAAUGAAAUUACACAAGCAAUCGACACUCUUAAGCAAAAUAAACAUCUUGGUAAAAACGGUUUUAAUGUUGCGAUUGCGGAGGUGGUCGACGGGGUGCGGAGGUAUAAUGAUGCUGUCAGAGACAGUAAUAAAAAGGUGAGUGAUGUAAUAACAAAAAUAAAUAAUUACGCAAGGAAACUCAAAAGUAACAUUGGAAAAUUAGAAUAUCAUGAACAUGUGGCCUCUAUUGAUAAGUAUGUUAAUGAGUGCAUUAGGUUGGCUGCAGCGUACUCCGAAGGUAUGGUAGCGGAGGAUGCGCAUAUAGGAGAUCUGCAAGAUAUCCUAGAAGAUGAGGUGCGUAGGGCUAAAAAUGUAAUUGAAUAUAAUGCUAAUAGGAUUCAAAAAAUUUGGAUGCAGCAGAAGAGUUUUAAAGAUUCCGUGAUUUCUUCUGUGGAGAAGCAGCUUGACGAUUCAAAAAAUACGAUUAAUUCAUCCUCUACUGAGAGCAUCACAAAGUUCGCCAAAGGCUUUGCAGAAAUCAUUGAAGCGUUCAAACAACGAAUUGCAGACAUCGAUAAGAUGUUGCUGGAAUAUGUAUCACAAGUUGGUCAAUGGAUUACUAAAGCGCAUGACGCUGUCUCUGUCGCAUUGGGUAGAGUUAACGAGAUCACUCAUGUGAUUAGUGGUCCCAAAGCGCAAUAUAAGUUAGAACUUGUAAAUGCAGUGGCGGAAUUAAAACAUAAAAGCUUAGGGUUGUAUAACGCUUACAAGGCAUCAGCAGGAAAACUUCCGAAGUUGGCCAGUAUGGUUAAAGAUGCACUUGCAGAUUUAGAUGGAAAGGUGCAAAAAGAUUUGGCAGAAUUGCGACACGGGAUCGGCUCGGUGGUUUCACAGUAUGUUCAAAUGGCUCGUAAGCAUUUCGAGGUAAUCAAGGAGAAAACCCUUGGUGAGCAAGGUGACGGAAAUGGGGGUAUAAAUAAGUAUUGGGGACAACUCGAAGAUGGCAUUUGGAAUCUUAUUGAAGGAAUAUAUGCCAAAAACCCAGGAAAAUCAGGUUUAACCGCCAUAAUACAGGGCGUGGCUACAUAUGCGGAGAAGUUCACGAAACAAAAUUUUGGGAACGAUAUAUUAGAUGCCUGGAUUGGCAAGCCUUUACUUGAGAAUGAAACCAUCUACUGGAGACUAAAGAGUUAUGUUGAGGGGUUGACUAAUAAGGGUAAACUGCAAUCAAUAAAUGUGGAAGAGUUAUUGCGUGGAAAAAACACGAUGUUGCACCAUGCAAUAAAAGAUAAAAUCAAAUAUGAACUUCAGAAACAAGUUUAUAGCGCAAGCACAGUAACUCUCGUUGAAAAAGCAACUCGUAAUAUUUCGGAAGAUUUGGAAAGUGUACAAAAGGCCUGCACGACUUUCGCAAAGCACCUUGAAAAUAAGAUCAAGGAUGGGCGUAACGGGGAGCUUAUCAAUGGUAUAGUGACAGCCAUUGGAGGCGGGGAUGGGCUGAGUGUUACCGACUCCGAAUAUUCUCGUUCUGAUAUGCAAUCCGUCGUAGAACGCAUUCUCAAACAACUAGUUAAUAGGGCCAAUGAAUUUGCGGCAGACAUUAGUGUAUUUCGCGUCACAUUCAACAUGAACAACGUACAUGAGGCAAUAAAAAACAUUAAAUUAAUUCACGACAACCUUAACGCCGAUGCUAGUAAACCCGGCAAUCUGAUCACCGAGGCUUUAGAUGCUGUCAAUGAACAUAUUUAUAAACUGGAAGAUGUGCUCAACACGAAGAUUCACAACCAGAUCGCAUUGGAAUUUGAGGGAGCCUGUGAGGAUGAACGUAAUGUUAAGGAUCUUAUGCCUACAUAUGCCAGGCAUAUAGGCGAGCAGAGCCACGGUUCCAAUCAAGAUAGCAUCUAUGGAAAAAUAAGAAAAUUUCAAGAAGCGGUGCUGGCGGACUUCAGUUUUCUUGAUGGUACCAUUAAUGUGAAUACCAUUGAAGAAGAUGCGUCCACAUUCCACACCAAUAUAAGUAAGUUGUGCAACGCAGUCAUGACAGCCAUUAGCGAACGUAAUGAGGAUGGUUUGAAAACCAAAUUAGUACAUUUGCAGAAAGUUCUAAUAGGCAGAGACACCAAAGGUGAACUCACAAAUCUCUCGAAUAAACUCGAGCAUUUGCAGAAACAAGGGCUAAAUCCAUUCAUCAAUCAAACGCAAGACAUCAUCAAUGAUAUAAAUGCACACUGCCGAACAAUGACCAUCGAACUCGAAAGACAUGUCACUCAAAAACUCGAUGCAGUCAAGAGUACGAUUACGAAAAUAAUCAAAACGAAAUACGUAAACUUUACUCAAUUCGUUCUCAUCCAGUUUGCCGAUACGGUGAACAACGUACUCGAAAAACUCCCAAAGGCAAUAGAACAGGACUCCGAGUGGAAAUUUAAAGGUUUCAUGGGGGUAAUACAUAUGAAAUUGGCAUACACCGAAUUCACACAACUGUCUACAAAUACUAAUUUAUCCGAUUUGGCGUCAUAUGUUAAAUCUUUCUUCACUACAAUGCUUCAAACUUUGAACCGCAAACCCGAAAUCCUACCCAAUCAUAAUUCAACAAUGCAGUUAAAUAAUUCACUCGAAACCCUUUUCACCGACCUUAAGAAUUACGACCAGAAAUUCGCGGACAACCUAUCCGCCCUUGCCAGUCUGAUACGCCGAAUACGACUAGGUUCAUACUCAGAGAAGAGCAAUAUCUUGCUUGAUAUUCUGAAAAUCGGUGUCACGAGGUUACACGCCGAACUCGACAAGGCGUACGUUUCGGUGUAUGAUAGUGAGACGUUUGGUGCUAACCUUGUCGAAAAGGAGAAAUUAACGCCGUAUGGCACGAAGUUCGCUAAAGUGUGCCUCACUGUAAUUUCAAUACUUAACACCUCGCUGUCUGUAAUGAAACACAAUUCAAAGAAUCUCAGUGGACAACAAACACAUAAUUCCACUGAUCUCGGAAGACUUAUCGAAGAUCAUGGCUACGUUGUUUCCAACUCCGACACCGAACAGAAUGGCGAAGUGAACAGACAUCUGUCUGGUAGAAGAAUCCAUACUUUACUUGCAGGCAAUGAUUAUGAACAUGUGUAUCAUACAGACGACAAUGUUAGACGUCCACUCGAAAAUAUAUACAUUUACCUUAAUGAUUACCACAAAAUCGGUCACAUAGCUACUUCAUCGUCAAAGAAACGCCCGUGUUCCAUAUACGAGAUGCUCUGUUGGCUGUCUGGUUUACCUUGCAAUGACGUCUAUGAGGAUCUAUGGCGUGACGCGGUCAGUGAGCUAUUCGUCAACCCUAACAACCAGCCAACUGAGAACGGUGACAUCCCCGUGACCGUUGUCAGCGAGCAACCACUACAGGCGUAUCCACGACCAAUCGCAUAUGACGACACACAAAGAGCAGUGAAGCGCCUGUGUUCCAGAGCAUAUGACGUGCUGACUGAGAUCAUCGGCUACGGCGACGCAUACACAACCUAUGCCGUUGACUUCUGCAAUAACUGGCUUAAUCUACAUUAUCCACCCGAUGCUUCCAGUUGCCUUGAACUGUUAGUGGACAUCCUACGCAGAUUGUUACCAGUGUUCAGAUUUUUGCAUAGCCAGUGUCAGCUUGGAACUCAGCAUUUCGGUUGGUCAAAUUGUCUGUACGGCAAGGAUAUCUUGACCGGUAAAUCGCAUUGUGAUAAGCAUACUGAUGACAAGCAAACCGACUGCCUGCCCAGAUCACCGCUUCAAGCGUACCUAAGUGACACGUUACCCGGCCAUCUACCUCACAACAUAAGCUCUAUCGGUUGCAAAUCCGUAUGCAGCAACUGCCCCAAAGGUCUGCCCGGACAGCCAUGUCUGACACCACUUGGCUUUAGGGGUUUCUCGGGAAGCACGAAGACAGGUAAACACCUAUCCAAAGUGCUAACCAAUUUCUUCGACAAACUAGAUAUCACACCGAUAUUCGGUCUAAUGACCAAACCUCCAUCCACGUUGCCUGAACACUUCCAGUUCGCGUUGACAUUAGCAGCAAUGUUGCAAAAAGCGGAAACAUCGAAUAAUGCUGUCAGUGUUGCUUUUGGCACAUCAACAAGGGAGUUGUCUAUCGGUUUAUAUGACGACAUCAGCAAACUUCCCGAUGCACUGUGUCAUGCGUACAAAAACAGCCAAAGUCAUGAUCGCACAAACCAUCCCAAAGCACUAGAAUCCGACUUAUCAAGUCUAUCGAAAAAAGAGUCAUGUACUUAUGCUAGUGCCGACAAGUUGCAUUGCGCUCCUUACCUUAGAUCAUUAUGCGAUGAUUCAUAUAGCUACCUUGCUGAGUGGCAUUCUAAGCUUUAUCUCUCAUGGGCUAUUCACUUGCCGUCGACGCUAUACGCAUAUAUCAAGAGUCUACGUGAUGCAUUCUGCAGUAUAUCCUGCCAAAACUGGGGAUGCCGUAGAUGCCUAAACGGCAACAAAUGUAGGCAUGGUAAACACGGAAUCGACAAUUGCGAAUGUAGAGGACUAAUCGAAUGCCGUGGCGUGCUAAGCACUCUAUAUAGCUUUGGAUUCACAUUUGGUAAUCCCGCUACACUCUCAUCGGAAGAAAGCAAAAAGUAUUGCCACAACUUCUACAAUCAGCUCUGCAACGUCCUCGACUCUAAAUAUUUUACCGAACUGUUCGAAAAGUGCGACGAAUUUAUAUUCACCAUCAGGCAGCCGUUUAUAUGGCUUAACGUCGCACUUUGGUCACUAUCCCUCUUCUACCUCAUCUGCGUAAUGGUCGGCAGACUGGAUGUGCUCCACAUACGCUCACACCUGAGGAUACCGUCAUCGCACAGGAUAACGGCGCAAUCAUUGUUGGCCGCAACGCAAGUCGGAAGGCUUGCCAAGAUAUCGUAUCUACAACCGUAA